AACUUGCGAAAGAAGGGGCGACGCGAUGCAGCGGUCUCGCUUCCUCCUCGCCGGCUACACCGCCGUCCGAUCCGUAUCGGGCCUCCGCGGCUAUCGGCCUCUCUCUUCCGCCUCCGCCGACACCCCGGCCCAAGUCCUAUCCUCCACGCCGCCGCCACCUGCGCGGACACUCGCCGACCUACGCCGGCGCCUAGCCGAGGAAUCUCCCGCCUUCUCUGAUUUCGUCUACUCUGUUGAGGUCGGAACUAAGAAGAGGUCGCUUCCCAAGCCUAAGUGGAUGAAGGAGACCAUCCCUGGGGGCGCCAAGUACGCCGCCAUCAAGUCGAAGCUCCGGGAACUCAAGCUCCACACGGUGUGCGAAGAGGCCAGGUGCCCUAACCUCGGGGAGUGCUGGUCGGGAGGCGAGACCGGCACUGCCACUGCCACCAUCAUGAUCCUGGGGGAUACUUGUACCCGCGGUUGCAGAUUCUGUAAUGUAAAGACAUCGCGCACUCCUCCUCCACCAGAUCCAAACGAACCUUCUAAUGUUGCUGAAGCAAUUGCCUCAUGGGGUUUGGAUUAUAUUGUGAUUACUAGUGUUGAUCGUGAUGACUUGCCUGAUCAAGGAAGUGGCCAUUUUACUGAAACUGUACAAAAGUUGAAGGCUUUCAAACCAAAGAUUCUGAUAGAAGCACUAGUUCCUGAUUUUCGAGGAGAUCCCAGCUGUGUGGAGAAAGUUGCAAAAUCUGGAUUGGAUGUUUUUGCUCACAACAUUGAGACAGUUGAAGAGCUUCAGAACAUGGUCCGAGAUCACCGUGCUAACUUCGAACAAUCGAUUGAUGUCCUUAAAAUGGCAAAAGAGUAUGCUCCAUCUGGGACUCUUACAAAGACAUCAAUUAUGUUGGGUUGUGGUGAAACACCUGAGCAGGUAAUCAGCACAAUGGAGAAAGUGAGAGCUGCAGGAGUUGAUGUCAUGACAUUUGGUCAGUACAUGAGACCGUCAAAAAGGCAUAUGCCAGUCUCAGAGUAUGUUACACCAGAAGCUUUCGAGAAGUAUCGAUCACUUGGAGUUGAAAUGGGGUUCCGAUAUGUUGCAUCUGGUCCUAUGGUCCGAUCAUCAUAUAAAGCAGGUGAAUUUUACAUCAAGUCAAUGAUCGAAGCUGAUCGAGCUAUGGCUUCCUCCACAUCAAAUGAUGGAUCUUAGUCACAGUAAUGUUCUAUACCUGUACAUCACAAAAUUGAGUUGCAUUUCCUUUCGGCAAAUACAUCAGAGCUUUCUAUUCUGGUGCAUCAUCAGCAUUGACGCUGUAUUUUGUUGUCAAAGUGUUGUCAAAUUUAUUUAUAAAUGUAACUGAGAUGGACAGUUGUCUAGACUGAUGUAUUUUGUUGAAUGUGAAAAUAAUAUAACAAAUCUUGUUUUCUGA